AUGAAUGAGCCUGUGUUUGGUAUUUAUUUACGUGGCGUGAAGCACAAUGUUGUGGCGUCUCCAUCCAUGAUGAAGGAGGUUCUCUCUGUUGAGGAUGCCUCAAAUUCAGAGGUCCUUGGUCAAGCCUUGCAAAAUGUCUUUGGUGACCGCAGCCUUAUUCGCAAUUUGAAUCUUGAUAGCAACCAAGGGGUUAAAGACAAGGCUUUUGCCAUUUUGAAUGACGACUCUUUCAUCCUUGAGGGUUCAUCCACAAUUAAUCGCCUGGUGCAGCAUAACAUGCCGAAUCUGGUGAGCUUCUGCCGAAGCCAGGUCGACCAAAACCCCUGGGAACGUGGAAUCAGUCAAGUCGAAGUUCCCGACGAAGCAAACCAGACAGUCUGUGAGGCCAAUUUGUUCGCGCUUUUGAGUAAUUUUAUCGGCCACAACGUCUCUACUUUCUUGAUGGGCGAUGCCUUCGUCGAUAACUUUCCCAAUCUUGCAGAGGAUCUCGGUAGACUUGACGAUACCUUCGUUACCUUGUUUAUUGGCACCGCUCGCUGGGUUCCCAACCCAGCGGCUUCAGCCGGUCAUGCAGCAAGCGACCGACUCCGCCAUAUCAUGUCAGUUUUCCACCGAGCACUCACUGCCGUGGAUGAUGGAAUCGAUCCCGGGAUCGAAUUGCGUGACCUCGACGAUGUCUCUGAAAUAGUCAAGGAUAGGAUGCGAAUGUUCCGCAAGCUGGAAUUAUCUUCAGGAGCCAGUGCUGCUGGGCACUUGUCACUAUAUUAUGAUCUGAUCGAACACACGACCAAAAUUUCUUUCUGGGCAAUCACGCAUAUAUUUGCCGAUCCUACUCUUCUCGACCAGGUUCGCAAAGAGAUAGCACCUUAUGUGGUAGCUUCGCGACCAACCCGCCAAGAAACCGGUUUUCCCUUCGAUGAACCUCCCCGACUCUCGAUUGAUAUCGAGAAAGUCCUUACUUUGUGUCCGUUAUUCAUAGCAUGUUAUUAUGAAACCGUGCGUCUUCAUUCGGCCGGUAUCACAUUCAAGAAACCGGCCUCCGACAUUGCACUUUCCGAAUCGGCAGAAGAAGCUGCGUAUGCCCUGAUGGAGCCCCGUCAAUACAAAAUCCAAAAAGGAGAGAGGAUCAUUGUACCCCAUGGAGCCUACUACCAUGAUUCCCGUUACUUUUCGAACCCGGAUCAAUUCGAUCCCCUGCGGUUCCUCGUUACGGUCCCUGAAACAGGUGCCCAACGAGCUGAUCCAAGUAUUCUUACACCUUUUGCGGAGGGUCUAUAUGGAUCUACGAACAAUGGUUUCACCGAGAGAUCUAUUUUGACAUUCAUUGGUGGUGUUGUGUCCAUGUGGGAGAUUGAACCCAAGGAUGGGAAAUUCCUCACAGUUCCUGGGCACAAAACUAGCUGGGGAGCUUUCCGACCAACCAAAGAUCUGAGAGUGAAGAUGAAGACGAGGGUUUAA